GUUCACCGGCGCAGUGAGAAGGAUGACGAACGUCGCGUUUGCUCUCGCAGCGUUUGCUUUCGCAACUGCCAGCGCAGGGGCAAGUUCUAGGUGGCCCGACAUUGAUCCGGACCUCGGCGCCUAUCAAGACGAAACCACCUGUUUCCCUUUCGAGUCCAACCUGCACCAGAUUUACCGCAAUUUUGCGAACGACCCCUACUUGGGAGGAGAUGCGAAAUGCCUUCGAACUGGUUCCACGGGAGCUCUCGCUGACUCGUCCCUGAAUACAACUUUCAAAUAUGGCUCUCGUGGCGUACUACACGUCACAUUUACUUUAAUGUCGUCGCCAGGAUACACGGCUAAAAACGUGGUUUACUAUCACCCGACGAAGAGCAACCUUGGAGACUUUGUUUUCACGGUAGCCUACAGGGACUGCGAGAAGUGCAAGAUAUUCAGACACAACUACAUAAAGAAUGGCGCGGGAUGCAGCUAUUGGCUCACCGACGAGGCCCUUAAUGAGAAGAACACGUGCUGCGAGUUUGUGUACGCCCUCCUCUGCGGCCCCGACAAGUACAAGAUUUAUGACGACAGCUGCAAAUGAGCCUAUUGCGCCGGAGCGGGCUGGAAAGCAGGAUUCUUACCUUGCCGAAGAUAAACGCGCACUUUUCAUUGCACGCACUUGAGAUAAAUAAAUCAGU